AUGAAACGAAUUGAUCUACAGUUGUUGAAAUCCUCAAGGAAAAGAGCGGUUGUCCAAUUUGCGAUGAAUAGUAGGCAAAGCAAACAUGGUAUACUCUAAAUUUAUAUGGUCCGAAUCCUCAUCAAAUUUUAGGAACAAGUAAAGAGGAAGGCAGGGCAAUUUCGAAAGAAGAGAGACCCACUCUCACGCCCAUGGAGACCGAUCUACCCGAGGUGUCGAAGGUGGUAAUGCGUCGAUUUGCGAAUACAAUCGUCUCCAAAGGAGUAGAUGGACUGCUCAGGGAAUAUUCCGAGUUGAAAUUAGCAUGCCCUGGUCCCGAUUCCGUUCCUCGGACAUCAUUCCUCAAAAAUCCGGAGAAGAACAGAUACAAAGGUAAGGAAAAUCUUGCCGGGAGCUGAGAACUUCAGAUAUCCCUUGCAUCGAGGACACUCGUGUCAAUUUGAAAUGGCCACCCGGCACGACCGAAAACUACAUUCAUGCCAAUUGGGUCAGAGGAUUGCCAGGUAAUUCGACGUUGACUAUAAUAAACAUCAUAGGAUUGACGGAUCCGAAGACUGGCGCCGAGAAGAUGAUGAUCUGCACUCAAGGACCCACUAAAGAAACGGUACCCGAUUUCUGGAGAAUGGUCUGGCAGGAGAAGAUCAAGGCGAUUGUAAUGUUAUGCAGUGUUGUGGAGAAUGGGAAGAAGAAGUGUGAGCAAUACUGGCCAGAGAAAAGAGGAGAUUCCAUGGCCCUUCCUUUCUGCACCGUCACCAAUCGAGGUUAUGAUCGGAUUGGGCUCAGAAAGGAUCGCGAAAAGGAUCUGCUCUAUACAACCUUGAUUGUGAAAGGUAGACUCAAGUUGUCUACUAUUUAAUGAUAAUUUAGCCAAGGGAUCUGAUGGAACAGACAAGUCCCAUUAUGUUAACCAUGUCUUGUGGAGUGGAUGGCCAGACAAAGCUGUUCCUUUGACAGCCUCUGGGGCCUUGGCAUUAAUCAUGAAGACCUGGACAUAUUCCCCGGCUGUUGUCCAUUGCUCUGCUGGUAUGAGGUCAUCGAACUUCGUAAUAUCCAUUAAAGCUUUUCUCUUAAGUCAUCUUCACCUUUCCAGGUGUUGGUCGAACUGGUACAAUUGUAGCUCUCGAAGCUUGCCUUCGUCAGCUUUUGUCCGGAGAGGAACUCAGUGUUUACAAUAUUGUGAAGAAUCUCCGAAAUCGGAGAUACCUUGCUUGUCAGACUGAUCUCCAAUAUCUCUACAUACACAUGGGUCUUCUAACAUACAUUACAUCUAAGAAUGUAAGCCCGUUUUUCUUCUAAACUCUGAGGCCACACAGCUGAUUAUCCCAUUGUGGCCUCUUACAGCUAUCUUAUCCCUGUUUUAAUUACUUUAAUUACAGUUGGCUAGUCCCGAACAACUCAAGGAUUUCACGGGGACGUACGAGAGGCUGGUGAAACAAAGGAUCGCGGCCGGAGAGAAAUGA